AUGGGUCAAAAGCCUGCAAGACAAAAGUAAAUAAAAAUAUGCAAAAUUGUAACCAUUUUACCUAGAAAUAGUGAUACAAAUCUGAGUUACACUGAGGAUCCAUUGAAUGAUUCUUUGAAAAACAAUUAGACUACAUAUAAAGGAGCUUUCAUCGGAAUAGCUGGAGACUUCAAUUUCAAGUCUAAUGAUAAUCACAAGAUCAAUAGUUCUCGUACAAUUAUUGACAGAAAAUUUAGCGAUUAAACUUAUGACCUAGGACUCAAUAACAACGGAAGGAAAAACUAUAUGAAUAAACUUGGCUUUAUGAGUAAAAAAUAACCUUCAUUACUCUAUAUAGAUAAGGGGCAUUAAGAUGCAACUAUAGCGUAAUCAUUUAUGGUGAAUAGCUCAUAAAAUGACUUAAAUGAUAGUAAAUCUAACAAUAGUACUGCUGCUCAAAUCGAUUCAACUAAAAAGUUCACGAGAACUUCAACACUAGUGAUUCAUGCUAGAAAACAGUCUGAACUUUAAAAAGUAGAUGAAAAAAUUGAAAUUACUACUCCAAUAGGUUCUCAAAAGGAAAUGUAUGUUAAUGAGAAUCAUAUCGAGUAAUCCCUAGAAGAGGCAUGUGAAAGUAAAAGUGCACCGAAAGAUUUGAUGUAGGGUUCUGCAAUUCUAACACCAGGUGAUGAUUAACCUUUGGAGAAAGAGCAAGUUGUUGAGUCCUUCCAAAUACCUGAUUCAGAUGGAUUUGCUCUCGAUUUCAUUCAGAAAAAUAGAACAGGAGACAGCAUUAGAAGAAACUUUCUGAGUAAGCUGACGUAUUAAAAAAUCUGGCUCACCCCUCUUGAAAAACCAAAGCUUCAUGAAAGUGCGAUUAUAUUCGACUGGGAUGACACACUUUUAUGCACUAGUUUCAUUAAUCCAUCUGGCGUUUAUGAACAUGUCGAGCUAUCAUCUGUCAUUUGGUAGCAUAUUAGACUCCUUGAAUCUACAUCCGCAAAGAUGUUAAAUCUGUCGCUCAAUUAUGGAAAGACUUUUAUCAUCACAAAUGCUGCCGAGGGAUGGGUAUAGUUCAGUGCCCAAAAAUUCAUGCCAUCUUUAGUACCGAUUUUAGAGAAGAUCACGAUAAUCUCUGCCAGAACGAAAUAUGAGCCACAUUUCCCAGGUGAUGUGACCAAAUGGAAACUAAAUGCCUUUCUUGAAACCUAAAACAAUCUGGAUGAGGCUUUGAUAACAAACAUAAUUGCCCUUGGAGAUUCUAUGAUGGAAAUCGAUGCUGCUCACCAUCUUGCAAUGAAAUUUUAAAAGGCCCUAAUUAAGACAGUAAAAUUCAGAGAAUUUCCAAAGCCUAAUGAACUAGUUAAAUAACUAAAUCUAGUUAUUCAAAAGUUCGAUGAGAUCUGCAAUAGCCCUAAAAAUCUGACAAUCCGUCUAGAAAAAAAGCAAAACAAUUGA